CAGAGUUGAAGUAACUAUUGUUAUUACACAAAGGAACUAUGAAACAAAAUCAUUUUACUGUAGUAACUCGGAAGGUGUCUGGUUUGCUUUUUCUAUCAGGUUAAGUUCUAUUAGUAACUACUAUUUGAUUACCAGCUUUCUCUGUUAGCUACCAAAUUUUUACCAUCUGUCUUCUUUUAAAGGAAGAACGACAGGAAAACUGACAGUAAAGUGAAUAUUUUUCCACUGAUCAAUCACAGCUUUAUUAAUCGUUGGAAAAAAGGCUUGAUUUGGGAAAAUUUAUACAUUUCAUCACAGGUUAUGCAAAAUGUCGUUCAAAAAGCAUACCUCUACGAAGAGACCAAAUAUUGAGCUACCGAGGGGAUUCAGAACGUCUCCUUUGAGCUCUCAAACCAUCACCAGUAGUGGUAGCGAGUCUUUGGAUUAUUAUUUAUUAGGAGGAAUUCCAUCCAAAAGUUUAAUUGUGAUUGAGGAGCAGGGAACAACUGACUACGCUUCUGUCUUUCUUAAAACAUAUGCAGCAGAAGGUUUGUUGCAAGGACAUGCUGUUUGGCUAGGUCCGAAUAUUGGUCCAGCUUGGUUUCGCACAUUGCCAGAUCAACAUUCAAAGCCUUCACGCACUGUGAAACACCCGGACAAUCAGUCUCCACGUACAACAGACAGCAUGAAAAUUGCUUGGAGAUACCAGUCCUUAAAAAAGGCAGAAAAGAAAUUUGUGGAAAAUGUUCCUGAUGGUUUCACGCAUUCAUUCAGCUUUACCAAGCAUCUCCCACUUUCUACGGAAAUGAAGUUUGCUGCUUCUCGGUUGCCUUUCGAGUCUGGAAGUAAUCCGUAUGCAGUUGUACUACAAGACUUGUCACAGUUUUUGUCACAACUUCCCUCCGGAAGUGUAUGCAGACUCGUCUUACCAUCGCUGCUCUCUCCGGCGUUCUAUCCAAUUCAUGCUUCCAAACCGAUGCACUUUGUUCGUUUCAUUCACAGUUUGCUGGCACUUAUCAAAUGUACUACUAGUAUUCAUCUUACUUGCAUGUGUUCAGUCCCUAUCACUUUAUUCUCCCGGGAUUGUGAACAGACCUUUUGGCUGGAAAACCUGGCAUCGUGCGCUAUAUCGCUUCAUCCUUUUGAAGUUAAACAAGAACAUGAACGGGAUCCAACUGACAAAACGCAGGGUCUACUUAAAAUACAUAAAUUGCCUUUACCUCUUCCUUUCACAGAGAAACCAAAUACAGAUGAGGCUGGGGAUUUAGCAUUUACCAUGUCGAAACGGCAUAUCACUAUUGAACCCUGGGUUUUGCCGCCAAUUGUGGACAAUCAAGAGCAAAAAAAGACAAACAAAAACAUUGAUUUUUAAACACGGUCAUUUGCUAUGCCGGAUGUAGGAAUUUUUGGAAUCUACGAUCGGAUUUUACUUCCUUUAGAAAUUCGUCUCUUGUAUAUCAUACAUGGCGAUUAUAGAAAGAAUACAGUAGACAUAGCAGGUUUACCCAAUUAAUGGACUAACUACUUAAAUUUCUGUGUAAUCGUAUUUUAGUAUCUAAAUAUUUUAAUAACUCUCUAAGAACAGCUUGUUGCUUGAGUAUUAUCCUCAAUUAAACAUUAUUGAC